AUGGGUAAUACCGGAAGCAGUGGUCAUGUGCAUGGACGGAGAAGAUAUAACACCUUCCGUAGGACCCAACCGGAGAUCAUCGGUAACACCUACGUUUUCACCGCCACGUCACAAUAUCCUUAUCAGCCAAAUUAUAAUACGACACCGUAUUAUCAGUACCCCAGUUAUUAUCCACCGCCGCCACCGGUAAUGCCGUUGCCGUACGACCAACCGACGGACCCCACUUAUGCAAAUUGGGGUAAUGGGAGGUAUCCAUGUGGACCUGUGGUACCUCAGCAUGCACCGUAUGUAGAGCAUCAAAAAGCAGUGACAGUACGUAAUGAUGUUAAUUUGAAGAAGGAGAGUUUAAGGAUAGAACCUGAUGAGAAUAACCCUGGAAAGUACCUGGUCGCUUUCGAUUUCGAUGCCACUGUACCUGGAAGCAUGACAGUCAUUUUCUUUGCAAAAGAAGGUGAAGAUUGUUGCCUGACUCCUACAAAGAAAAGUUUACUUCCACCAAUAACCAUUAAAUUUCAAAAAGGCUUAUCUCAGAAAUUUAGACAAUCGUCUGGAACUGGCCUUGAUCUUUCCAUUUUUGAAGAGGCAGAAUUGCCAAAAGACGUUGAUGCAGAUGUAUAUCAGGUUGCGGUAAAGGCGGAGGCAUUCCAAGACUCGCAAAGCGGAUCAGAGGAUGGAAAUGCGGUGUCUGUGUCCACAAAUUCCCAGAUUACUAUAGCAGUUUUCGAAAAGGACAAAGGCGAAUUCAGAAUUAGGGUGGUGAAGCAAAUCCUGUGGGUCAAUUGCAUGAGGUAUGAAUUGCAAGAGAUUUAUGGCAUUGGAAAUUCAGUUGAUAAGGACUUUGAUGGAAAUGAUAACGGGAAAGAGUGUGUUGUAUGCCUUUCUGAACCUCGGGACACAACUGUACUUCCAUGUCGACACAUGUGCAUGUGCAGCGGAUGUGCAAAAGUUUUGAGGUUCCAGACAAACCGGUGUCCUAUUUGCCGUCAGCCAGUUGAGCGAUUCUUGGAAAUUAAGGUCAGUGAAGCUGCUGAAGAUUAAGAAAGGGAGAGUCAUGACUAGGGGCGGAGACAGAAUAUUUUUCAAGGGGAGUCAGAAUGUAACCACACGAAGAAUUUAAGGGGAUUUAAAGUGUAUAUUAGUAAAUUUAAAAAAAAAAAAAAGAGAGAGAAUUACCUAUCUAAACAGUGUAACUUUCCAACGAAGGCAUGUCAAUUAGACAAGAUAGCUCCGCCACUGGUCGCGACAACCACCCUUGUCCUCUGCUUCAUGAAUCAGAAUAACCCGAAAGCAAGCCCCUCAAAAGUACCCAGUGACUGAAAACGAUGGAGUUUCCAACAAGUCAAGAAAAGCUGUAAGCUUAUAGAUUUUGUAUUUUUACGCCCUUUGUGUCAAGUCAAACUAUGUAAUGGAGGGAGCAAAUACUUUGUAACCUUUUUGAUGCAAUUCAUUUUU